UUGGGGAAAUUUGAAAAUCUAGCCCUAAUCCGGACACCCAAAACCCUAACAAUCGGGCGGGAAACUUCGAACCAGUUUACGGGUGGGAUGGGAUAGAUCAAAUUUUGUGCAGAAUCUGUGCAAACAUCUACAUGUUCAUAGAUCUCCGUGCUCUCACUGGACGUCGUUACUCAUGAAGGUUAAAGUCGAAGUGCACACCAACUGUUUGAUUAAAGUCCCAUAAAGCUCCCUGCUUUUUGAACUUCUUCAAAUGAUUUUGCAUCCACGCGAUUGGAUUUUCUUCAAUUCUUUCCUGUCCUCUGAUAGCAACCUGUAUGAUCUGUACAUAAAAAGUCAUCACUUUCAGCUUUUCUACAAAUGUUUGGAGCUCCAUUUCCGUUUUAGUUCCAUGCGAGACAUAUAGUUUUCAAAUAUGCCUUUUUUCUACUAUUCAAUGCUUCGAUUUACAAUUUCCCCCAUUAUUACUCUCAAUGCUCGCUACUUUGCUACUAAAUCUUAUCAGAACGCAGUCUCCCUUUACCUAGAGAGGGCAAGGCUCAUAGAUAAGAUACGUAUCAUUCUCCGCUCUAAUUCCCAAAACUCACUUCUGUCAAUCUUGAAUCAUCCUUCUCUCGACACUUUUGUAGUCGCAAAUGCCCUAAAUUCAGCUCCAUCACCACACUCUGCGCUUUCCUUAAUCGAAACCCUAAAAACUAUCCCUCAUUUCACUCAUAACCAAAACACCCUUCACGCUUUAGCCAAAAUCCUUGCAAAAUCCGGCCAAAUUGGAAAGCUUAAAGCCCUUGUAAAUGGCAUAAACUCAGGGAAGUUCAGGAAUGUUGCUCGUGUAAGCUUUAUGGAUCAAAUGAAGCUGUACGCAUCUGCAAAUGACCUUGAAUCUGUUCUUUCAGUAUGGCAUGAAUGGAAACUCUCCCCAAAACCCCCAAAUGUUGAAUCAUACAACAUCAUCAUGUCACUUUGUGCACAAACAGGUAAAGAUUAUGAAGCUGUGAAGACUUUUAGUAGAAUGAUUGAUGAAGGACAAGUUCCUAAUUCUAGAACUUACACUGUAAUCAUCGAGCACCUUGUGAAAUCUGGAAACUUGAAUCCAGCAAUGGAAAUAUUUACCAUUUUGCCAUCGAUGAAGGUUAAAGUAAAACGCAGUUUAAGACAAUACAUGAUUUUAGUGGAAGCAUUCUGUGGGAUCAAUCAGUUUGAUGUGGUGAAAACUUUGCUUGAUGAAAUGCAGGUUGAUGGAAUUUUGCCUACACAAAGGGUACUUUCGUCAUUACAAAAAAUGCACAAUGCAGGAUUUGUGGAAGAGACAUUGGAGUUGAUUAAAGAAAUGUCACCUGAUGAAAGAAUUAAAAACGUUACAUUAUCCGAUGACAAUGAUGAUGAUGAUGAUGAUAAUGAUGAUGAUGAUGAUGUGGAUAAAGUCAAAGUCAAAGUCAAACUAAGACCAUGGUUUGACCCAAGAAUUUUAGCUUCUUCUUUACGUUUUUGGAGGUCUGAAGAAGUGUCAACAUUGGAAAAUGCAAAAUUCAUUUGGACAACACGACUUGUUUCAAAGAUGAUUAGGAGCUUCACUUCUGCUGACUCAGCAUGGGAGUUUUUCAAUUGGGUUGCUAAUCAAAAAGGCUUCACUCAUGAUGCUCACACCAUAUCCAAGAUAAUUACCAAAUUAGCCCUCGAAGGGCGUGUUGAUUUUAUCCAACAACUCAUUCCAAAACUCAAAAGUGAAAAUAUUCAAUUAUCUUGUAACACUGUGAAAACAGUUAUUGAUUACUAUGGAAUCUCACACAAUGGUGAAGCAGCUCUUAAAGUCUUUCAAGACUUAAAUACCCUUUGUGGGAAUUUGUCAAAAAAGUCUCUUUUGUCCCUAUACUCAUCUCUCUUGACAACAUUGGGGAAAUGUAAGAUGGGUUGUGAGGUUUUGGAUACAUUAGAUGAGAUGAUUUUAUCAGGGGUAGUUCCGGAAAUUCAAACUUUUUGUAAACUAAUGCAUUGGUUUGGAGUUGAGGGGGAUGUUAAAACGGUUCAGAGGUUGUUUUGGAUGGUUAAGCAAAGUGGAUUACAACCAAAUAGUGAUAUGUUUAAGAUUUUGAUUUGUGUUUAUUGUAAAUUAAAUAGAGUUGCUUUGGGUUUUAGAGCUUUUGAAGACAUGAAAAGUUGUGAUUUGAUGUUUGAUGUUUCUACAAAGAGUUUGCUUGUGAAGAGUUUAUGGAAAGAAGGAAAGUUGAGGGAGGCUGCAUAUGUAGAAGAAGAAAGUGUAGAGAUGAAUGAUGAUUUAAUGAGUGUGGAUCUUCAAAGAGUUUAUAGAGUUUAUUAUGAUAGUUUUUCAAUUACUAAUGAUAAAAAAGAUCUUUGUGAAAUUGAGAGUUUGAAUACAUGAUGCCAUUGAGAUAGAUACUUUCUCUAAUUUGAAGAACAUUUUAUGUUUUUAUAUUCUUUGCUUAAGAUUCUUAUCUUAGUGA